GGGCGGGGCGGGGCCGCGAGCGGCAUGGAGGAGGCGGAGGCCGCGCCGCGCCGGGCCGAGCCGUGCGGGCCCGAGCGGGGGCCCCAGCGGGGCCCGGGCCUCCUGAGCCAUUCCUGAAGGAAUGGGUUGGCCGGGACGGUGGUGACCCUCCAAUCAGGCAUGGACGACUGGAAGCCCAGCCCCCUCGUCAAGCCCUUUGGGGCUCGGAAGAAGCGGAGCUGGUAUCUUACUUGGAAGUAUAAACUGACCAACCAGCGGGCCCUGCGGAGAUUCUGUCAGACAGGCGCUGUGCUUUUCCUCCUGGUGACCGUCAUUGUCAACAUCAAGUUGAUCCUGGACACGCGGCGAGCAAUCAGCGAGGCCGGUGAAGACCCAGAGCCGGAACAAGACUAUGAUGAGGCGCUGGGCCGAUUGGAGCCCCCACGGCGCAGAGGCAGUGGCCCCCGACGGGUCCUGGAUGUGGAGGUAUACUCAAGCCGCAGCAAAGUGUAUGUGGCAGUGGACGGCACGACGGUGCUGGAGGAUGAGGCCCGGGAGCAGGGCCGGGGCAUCCAUGUCAUCGUCCUCAACCAGGCCACGGGCCAUGUGAUGGCAAAGCGUGUGUUUGACACAUACUCGCCUCAUGAGGAUGAAGCCAUGGUUCUCUUCCUCAACAUGGUGGCGCCUGGCCGCGUGCUCAUCUGCACUGUCAAGGACGAGGGCUCCUUCCACCUCAAGGACACAGCCAAGGCUCUGCUGAGGAGCCUAGGCAGCCAGGCCGGCCCUGCCCUGGGCUGGAGGGACACCUGGGCCUUCGUGGGACGCAAAGGAGGUCCUGUCCUUGGGGAGAAACAUUCGAAGUCACCUGCCCUCUCCUCCUGGGGGGAUCCAGUCCUGCUGAAGACAGAUGUGCCCCUGAGCUCCGCCGAAGAGGCAGAGUGCCACUGGGCAGACACAGAGCUGAACCGUCGCCGCCGCCGCUUCUGCAGCAAAGUCGAGGGCUAUGGGAGUGUGUGCAGCUGCAAGGACCCCACACCCAUCGAGUUCAGCCCUGACCCACUUCCAGACAACAAGGUUCUCCAUGUGCCCGUGGCUGUCAUCGCCGGAAACCGGCCCAAUUAUCUGUACAGGAUGCUGCGCUCUCUGCUCUCAGCCCAGGGGGUGUCUCCCCAGAUGAUAACAGUUUUCAUCGAUGGCUACUACGAGGAGCCGAUGGAUGUGGUGGCGCUCUUUGGUCUGCGGGGCAUCCAGCACACUCCCAUCAGCAUCAAGAACGCCCGUGUGUCCCAGCACUACAAGGCCAGCCUCACUGCCACGUUCAACCUGUUUCCGGAAGCCAAAUUUGCUGUGGUUCUGGAAGAGGAUCUGGACAUUGCUGUAGAUUUUUUCAGUUUCCUGAGCCAAUCCAUCCACCUGCUGGAGGAGGACGACAGCCUGUACUGUAUCUCUGCCUGGAAUGACCAGGGGUAUGAACACACCGCUGAGGACCCAGCGCUGCUGUACCGCGUGGAGACCAUGCCUGGGCUGGGCUGGGUGCUCAGAAAGUCCUUGUACAAGGAGGAGCUUGAGCCCAAGUGGCCCACACCGGAAAAGCUCUGGGACUGGGACAUGUGGAUGCGGAUGCCGGAGCAGCGCCGAGGCCGGGAGUGCAUCAUCCCUGACGUGUCCCGCUCCUACCACUUCGGCAUCGUCGGCCUCAACAUGAAUGGCUACUUCCACGAAGCCUACUUCAAGAAGCACAAGUUCAACACCGUUCCAGGUGUCCAGCUCAGGAACGUGGACAGUCUAAAGAAGGAAGCUUAUGAAGUGGAGGUUCACAGACUGCUCAGUGAAGCUGAGGUUCUGGACCACAGCAAGAACCCGUGUGAAGACGCUUUCCUGCCAGACACAGAAGGCCACACCUACGUGGCCUUUAUCCGAAUGGAGAAGGAUGACGACUUCACCACCUGGACCCAGCUUGCCAAGUGCCUCCAUAUCUGGGACCUGGAUGUGCGUGGCAACCACCGGGGCCUGUGGAGGUUGUUUCGGAAGAAGAACCACUUCCUGGUGGUGGGGGUCCCAGCCUCCCCUUACUCGAUGAAGAAGCCACCAUCUGUCAUCCCAAUUUUCUUGGAGCCACCCCCAAAGGAGGAGGGAGCCCCAGGAGCUGCAGAACAGACAUGAGACCUCCUCCAGGACCCUGCAGGGCUGGGUACCGUGUACCCCCAGGCAGGCUAGCCCUUCAUCCCAUCCUGUAGGAUUUUGUAGACACUGGCAGGGGUUGGGGCUGGUUUGUUUUUAACAUGAGACUUAAUUACUAACUCCCACGGGAGGGUUCCCUGCUCCAACGCCCCUGUUCCUGAGUUGGAGGUCUAUUUAUUUCCUUCCUUGCUGGGACGGGGCAGGAUAGUACUUGGACAUCCCUGGGGUCCCUGGGCAGCUGAUCCUGCCCUUUGUAUACUCCCCGCUCCCAGGCCUGGCUCAGAAUCUAACCUAUUUAUUGACUGUCCUGAGGGCCUCGGACACAGGCUGAAGCCUGGAGGGCCUUGAUUCCUUUCUGGACUGGGGUGCUGCCCUGAGGGUGGGGCUGGCUCUUACUCAGGAAACUGCCGUGCCCAACCCAUGGACAGGCUGCUGGGGCCCACCUGCUGGGGCAGACUCACUCAGAGACCCUCAGACACUGAACCAGGCCUCUUCUCAGCCUCCUCUUUGUCCAGAUUUCCAGAGCUGGAUAAGGGGGUCCUUGAUUAAAAAAGGAGAAAAACUC